UAUAGAAAACGCGUUGUGUGCGCGCUUAUUAUUCAUUUACAAGUUAAAGAAAUAAACGUUAUUUUAAAAAGUUGAGGUUGGACAUGUAAAAUGACUCUUUAAAAAGAAGUUAGUGGACUUUUUAGUUAACAGCAGUAAAAAAAAAUACAGUUCGUUAUUCACAAUUUAAGAAAAUCAAUGCAUUUUUUUGUGCGAGUGCUUUUUAGUUUCUGGAUCGGUGCUUAAGGUGGCACGAUGCGCGAAAGCCUCCGGCGCCUGGCCUCCGACGACGGCAUGACGGCGCGCCUGAAUGCCGGCAGGGUUCGCGUGGAGUUGCUCACUGGAGAGCACAUCACUGUCGACGUUGAGAGAAAAGCCACAGGUGCUGACCUUUUGGACAAGGUGUGCGAAGUUCUGGACGUGAUUGAAAGUGACUACUUCGGCUUGCUCCACGUGCAAAGAGGGGACCCGAGGGUGUGGGUGGAUUUGGGGAGACGAUUAUCUAAAACAUUUAGAAAUGAGCCCUGGGACGUAAAAUUCACAGCUAAGUUCUACCCCCCGGAGCCGUCCGAGCUGCGAGAUGAUCAGUCACGAUACCAACUAGGCCUCUCCGUUAGACGGGACCUGAUGGAAGGUCGCCUAACGUGCUCUAACAUCACGUACGCCCUGCUGGCGUCGUACGUGCUCCAGUCGGAGGUAGGCGACCGAGAGGCGCGGGUCAGCACGACGCUACUCUCCGCGCACGACUCCGUGCCCCUCCACGUGCUCACGCCUGACCUUGAAGAGAAGAUCGACGAGCUGUAUAGGAAACACAAAGGACAGACUCCAGCAGAAGCCGAGCUGAACUACCUCGAGAACGCAAAGAAGCUCGCGAUGUACGGAGCGGAGGUGCACAACGUGAAGGACUCUGACGACGUGGACAUUUCGCUCGCCGUGUGCGCCGCCGGCAUCUCCGUCGCGAGAGACGGGCUUGUAAUGAACCGCUUCCCGUGGACCAAAAUCCUCAAGAUCAGCUACCACAAGCGGGUGUACACGCUGCGCCUGCGCGCCAGCGAGUUCGACGAGUACGAGACCCACCUCAGCUUUAAGCUGCCAUCCAGCCGCGCUAGCAAACGGCUCUGGCGCUGUAGCGUCGAGCACCACAUGUUCUUCAGACGUGAAGCGCCCGUGAAGGUGGAGCGGAUAUCCGGCUUCCCGCGGCUCGGCUCGCGCCGCGUGUCGUGCCGCCGCACGCUGCGACAGCUGCGCACGGCGCCGCCGCCCGCCUGCCGCGCCAGCUAGUGCCGGCCAACGCUGGCACGGUACGUGAGAGGCUUCGAUCCCCAUGGCUAGCCAAUUUCAGGAAUUAUAUCUGGCACAUGGCGGCCGAGUGGCGCAGUGGGCAGUGACCCUGCUUUCUGAGUCCAACAUCGUGGGCUAGCUACCCACAACUUGAUAUGUUUAUGUGAUGAACAUGAAUGUUUUCCGUGCCUGGGUGUUUAUCUGUAUAUUA